AUGGAACAAGAAAAAAGUAAAGAAGAACAAGAAGACUGGAAAGUGUAUGAAGCGCUGAGGUGUACGGAGAUGGAUCCAGAGAUAGGCAAUGAUAUAGUCACUGCUCUUAGAAGUGAUUUAGCAGGAUUACAGUAUACGCGCAAUAAAUUAAUUUCAGAGAACAGCGAUUUAAAAAAUCAAAUGUUGUCACGAGACCAGCGUAUUUUGGAACAACAAGUAGAAAUAGAUCAUCUUCGCGAGCAAAAUGCUCGUCAGAAUGCUAUCAUAUCAUCGCUCAAGAAGAAAAUUCAAGAUUUGGAAGAGUUCAAUCGUAAUUUGCAAACGUCGCAAGGUAGAAGCGAUUUGACCGUUCAAACCCUACAGAGAGAUAACCGAUAUUGUGAGGAAAAGAUGAAAGAUUUAGAAAAGAAGCUAAGGUCUCUCGAGUUGGAUUGUCAUAAUGAGGAACAACAAAAGGAAAAUGCUCGGUGUCAGUUUCAUGACCUCAUCAGAAGGUUGUCUGUGGCUUUGGACGUGGAGUUUUGCGACACAACUCACACGCAUUCCCCUGAAAGUUUAAUUAUAAAAGCGGCAGAACUGGUCCAAGAUAUAACAAGAUUAAAAAACAAAUGCAUGAAUACUACGGAGAACUUAUCAACCAUCGAACAGGAUUUACGCAGUUGUCGUGAUAGUUUGGAAAGGGCCAACUCUGAUAAAGACAUUCUCCAAAGACAACUCUCUUCACACCUUCUUGAUAUUGACCGAUUAAAACAAGAAAAGGAGUCUCUGGCGGUAUCCAAUAGAGUUUUAGAGAGAGAACUCCAUGAGGCCCGGGAAAAAAUUUCUCACUGUUCGAAAAAUUUAAACGUCGUAACGGAUAACGUGAAUCAAAAUGAAUCAAUUAUUAUUCAGUUAAAAGAGGACUUACGACAUCGAGAUGAAAAAUAUCAAAGAUUACAAACAGAGUUUCGUAAUACUAUGGAAUCUAUUGCAAUCCUGCUAAGCUUGCCAACUCGCUUCGUUGAAGCUCAUGAGAGUACUAUUAAGGACCGAAUUAGAGAAAUACUUAGCGAUAAUAAAGAUAAAUCAGUGCAACUUGAAGCAUUCCGAGACAAAUUGAACCUGGAAAGCCAGCAGCUAGGCAGGACAGCACACUUGCACGAUCAAGCUUCCACUCGCGUGAGAAUUUUAGAGGAUGAAAGAAACAUGCUUGAAGGCAAAGUGCAUAAGCUGGAAUCAGAACUUAAUGCUUUGGAACUGACUAAAGAUAAUUUGAGAAAAGAUAAAGCUAAUUUCGUUGCAUUCCUUGAGCGACUCAGCCGAACUCUCAAUAUGGAUGAGUUAACACAAGACAUCGGUAUAGAACUCCACACUGAGUCAAUUAUACAUAGGGCCGAGCAACUGGCGAGACUCGAAAGCGAUAAAAUUGUAGACAAGCUGCUAUAUUAUGGAUACUAUGGCACACUGCCGAGGCUGCGACGAGAAAGAUCUUUUCAUGACUUACCCUAUUUAAAAGAAACCGCAGUCGUUUAUCAACUGCAACGUCGAAUACGUAUUUUAAGAGAACAACUUCAGAGGAAAGACCUACAUUUAGACUUACUGCGUCGGAAGCUAAGUGUUCAAGACGAGACUUCUCGAGUUCGAGCUGUGCUUCAAGCUGAAAGGGAUGAAGCAAUGGGCCGAAGCAAGAAACUAGCUCGCCAGUGUGACAAGCUAAAUGUCCAACUGAGUGAUGCUCGUUCCCAACUUCGCGAUCUUAAUGCACAACUGGCUGAUGCUGCAGAAUACAAGAUUACAUCGCUUGAACGAGCCAGAAAGAUCGAAGAGCUGCAAAAGAAGUUAGAUGAAGCUGAACUAUUAAGAGCUCGGUAUAAUCGCAAAGUCAGCGUUCUGAAAGACCAAGUACGAGCUACUGGAGAGACCUGCGAACAAGAGAGAACCAAUACGGAGCACCAAUUAAGUAUUCUAAGAGAUGACCUAGCUAGGACCAAGGAGGCACUUGUGGAAUGUCAGAGGCGGGAGGCACAAUUGCAAAGCUUUAGGCACUCUAUAGCAAAGCUACUAGGUAUACUCGUUCCAUCUUCUGUGUCAGACUUUGAGAUGGUAUCUCGACUACAGAAGUUAAUAGAUGCUCAUCACGACUUCACAACAGUGUCUCGACGAUACGACGACCCUGCCUUAUUGAGGGCUUCCUCAAGGUCACCUCCACCUUCUAGGUGUAGGACGAGGACACCGGAUAGGUCACUCCGCUAUGACGACUCCGGUUACGCAGAUCCCGCGUUCGACCUCGAGGAUGAACUAUACAAGAGUCGAGCCCCUUUGUGACAGUCGCGACGCCGCGCCCGCUUCUAAUCUUGAAGGUGCUGAGGCGCACAAAAAAUACAUCAUUUAUAACCAAAAAACAUG